AACAAUUUCCCAAUCCUCAGACAUCGUAAAACCCUAGUAAAACCCUUGCGUGCUUGGAAAUGGCGCUCAACUCAAUUCUUCGCAAGUCGGGUUCUUUCGCGAGGGCUCUUGCUGUCUCGGGUCAAUUGACGAAGAAUAACCACCUGGGUCAUCGCACUUUACUCUCCACCGCCAUCAGCCAGCACCAGCACCAGGAUUCGCUUGUUCCAAGGUUCCACUUUUCUUCUGUAGCUUCCAAGAAGAAACCAACCUCCGAUGAGAACCUUCUCCGGCUCAUCGAAUCCGAAAUCGAAUGCGCCCAAGAGACCGACGAUCAUAACGCAGCUGAAGAGGUUCCGGGUAAUUUUCCGUUUAAAAUAAUCGAUAGUCCCGGACAACAGACAAUAACGCUUGAGAGAAUGUACCAAGACGAGGAAAUUAAGGUAGAGGUUCACAUGCCGGAUUUGGUCACUGGGGAAGAAAAUGACGAUGAUAAUGAUAAUGAUAGUGAAAGAGUUACUCAGUCGAGUAUUCCACUUUCAAUCAGUGUUCUUAAGAAGGGCGGACCCUAUCUAGAGUUUAACUGUGUGGGUUACCCUGAUGAGAUUGUUAUUGACGGCUUGUCAGUUAAGAAUCCUGAUCUCACUGAGGAUCAAGUUGCUUAUGAGGGACCAGACUUCCAGGGCUUGGAUGAGAAUCUGCAGAAGUCUUUCCAUAGGUAUUUAGAAAUCAGAGGAAUCAAGCCUAGCACAAUCAAUUUCUUGCAUGAGUACAUGAUCAACAAGGACAGUAAAGAGUACUUAGUGUGGUUGAACAAGCUCAAGAGCUUCGUUCAAGCAUGAGCCUUUGAAGAAAGCAUGAAUGUUACUGAAUUUUUGUUUAAUCACAUGCUAUACAUUCGAAGGAAAAGAUACAAAGGAGAUUUUACCAUCGUGGUUUAGCUGUAUCUCCUAUUGGUCAUGGAGGGUAGAUUAUGCCUGAAAAUGUUUGGUUAACUUGAUGGACAAAAUUUAGAUACAAUAGUUUAAAAUUGCUUUUACCAAAAUUAUCCUAAUUUAUCUAUUCGCCUUCCCAGGGAUGCUUUGUUAAGAAAACUUUUAGCUGGGAUUUUCGUGUUUGGUAUUUGGCUAAAAGUAUGUAUUGGAUGUAUGUCUUAAACCUCUCUUAUUUUCCAUUCCAUUUUGAGUAAAUUGCUGUCUUCAUUUAGAAACGUGUCAA